AUGCAGAUUCAAUUACCAGAGCAAUUUACGUCCCAAGAGGAACCCUUCUUGGUUCAGAUCUUGCAGCAAGUGUUGGAUCCGACGCAGUCUUCGAAUCUAUUGUCUGGAAGUCUUUUCCACGAAAUGGAAUGUAAAAAAGGAUAUUUAGAGUGCCUAUUGGUUGAUCAUAUUGUAUAUAAUCCAGAGUAUCCAUUUGGUAUCCGACAAUUAGCAGUGAUUAAUAUCAAAAACUGUGUCAACAAUCGUUGGUGGAGACAUUCCUCGGGAGUUGUUGCAGAUAAUCUAUCGGAGGAGGCAAAGCAAUCCUUCUCGGUCAUGUUGAUGCAAUAUUUUUCAAAUCCCCUCGACAAUCCAGCGCUAAUCACGCAUCUAUCGCUCACAAUUGCUCGUAUCGCUCGCGUUGAUUAUCCGGACCGUAUCGGCAACUACUUGGAAGUGAUCGAAGCGUUGCUGUCCUCCUCCGACCCCAUAAAAGUGUACCAAUGCAUGAAUUCCCUUCUCUGUUUCAUCCGCGUGUUCUCGACCUGUCGAAUCGGUCGUCAGCGCGUUCUCUACAACCAGAUGCUUCCUCGCUUGUUCAGUCUGGCCACAGGCUGCUUGAAGCUGGUGCAGUCGAUGACCGCCGACGCCCUCUCAUCGGAGAUUCUCCGCUGCGCGAUGAGCGUACUCUCCUUCCCCUCCCCUGAAAGAAAGAGCAUUUACAAGAUCGUGACCACGGGGGUUCUCCGCGAUCCUCGCUCUCCGCUCCAAGCCGAGCUCCCGUCCCUGAUGUCGCAACUGCUCUCGCUCGAGCUCGCCUGCCUGCAACGCGGCGACGUUCUCACCGACAGCAGCCUCAUCCGAUCGAUGAAAUGGUGCCUGAAAUCGCUGCAGGCGCUGUCGCAGUCCUCGUUGCCGGCGAUCGCGCCGCUCCUCUCCGAUUUCGCGUCGCUGUGCCACACCUUUUUGUUCUCUGUGUUCAGCGAUCAAACGCAGAUCGACUUGCUAAUGGACUUGUUCCCUGUCGUGGAUGUCGCGAUCUCCGCGGUGAUUUCGCUGCUGUCAAAGAGUUCCGCGGACGCUGCGCUCCGCCAAUUCUAUUCGCCCGAGACGCUCGAUCGGUUGCUGCGCUGUCUGCAGCAGCGAAUGUUCCCGCUAUCUCCUUCGCAGCUCGCUCUGCUGGACGAGGAUCCGGAGAGUUCGUACUGGACGCUGACCAAUUCGUGCUAUCGGCAGAAACUCUUCUCGCUGUGCGAUUCGCUCUACCAGGUUUGCCCGCAACUGAUGAUUCAAUUGAUUUUGGAAACGAUGCAGAAUCUGUCCUCCGCUUCCGAGCCGUCGAUUUAUGGACUUUUGUGCUUCUUUCAGAGGGGAGGCAGCGCUCUCUCCGCGCAGGUCAAUUAUAAAAACGUUGUGUCGCACUUGCUGCUUCCGCUGCUUCGAGAAGGCGUUUCGUCUUCGUUGGCGGUGGAAUGCAUCGCCGUGGUGACGCAGUGCUUCUAUCUCUUCGAUGAAUCAUCGCGAUCUUUGCUGGUGAGCAGCAUCAUCGAGCUCCUGCGUCACUCCAAUCUGGCGGUUCGAUUGGCUGGCGUGGGGUGUUUGACGGAGCUUUUGGAGGGAUCGCCGAUGAGCGUUUCGCUGAUUCUCCGAAGCUUCGAUGAGAUCUUGAGCCAUAUCGUGUUUUUAUAUCAAGAAACGAACUCGCAGGAGAGCAGAGAGCGACUCAUCGCGUUGUGCGAGGCGCUUUGCAAGCGCUGUGAGGCGGAGAAUCGCUAUUUGCAGCUGCUUCAAACCUUCGAUGUGCUGUGGAAUCACUCGAUUCAGAUCCGCGAGCUGAGCUGCCAAGCCAAGCUGCUUCGCUUUUUAACCAAUAUCGUGAGUAACGGAAAGGCUUCGAUGGGUUCGUAUGUUGCUGCGUUGCUGCACGUCGUGGAGUACGCGGUUCACAAUCCAGACAGCACGGUGGUGGACUUGUGUCUGGAAGAUGGGCUGAUUUUGUGGAAUUCCACGCUGCGGAUCGAAGGAGUGGAGUACUCAGAAGCGAUCCACGUGCUGUUUCCGUGCUUGUUGGAUGUGUAUCUGCGAGAAAUGAAGAACUUUGGCACUGUGAUGAACAUCGUGGACGCUUAUCUCUAUCUCGGACGCGAAUCGUUCGUGCAGGCCUAUCGGAGUGCGCUGCAGGAACUGUAUCUCUGCUUGGAGGAAGCUGUGUCCGCGAAGGAAAUCACGAGGUUGGCCACGUCGAUCCACACAGUGCUGCUCCUCUUCCCCAAAGAAGCGGUCUUCAUCGUGCAGUCCGUUCUCGGAAAGAUCAUUCCGAUCCUUCUGCAGCGCGAGGAAGCCGACACCAACGGGAAAAUCACCGAAAACACCUACGUGUCCUACCUGCUCAUCGUCGGCCAGACGCUGCUCAACGGGGGUGAAAGCUUGCAGCUGCUCGCGGGACUGUGCAAUCAGCUGCGGCUGCGCGAGUACGAUUUCUUCAGCGCCAUGCUUUCCUCGUUUUUGCGGAGUUUUGACUGUGCGGGAGGAGGGGCGAUCGGCUAUGUGCGACGCAGCUUGUUUGUGCAGUGCAUGCUGAUCUGCAUUUUGAAUGGAGGAGAAAGCGAGCUCGAGCUGCUGGAACAAGUGGUGGAUUGCUUUCUGAACGUGAUUUCGGAAAUGGAAGUGGGAGAAGAUAAAAUGCGUCUUGUGUUUACGGAGAAAAGCAUGAAUCGAUCCGACCGACUCUCAAGCGAGUAUUUAAAGCGGUUUGUGGAGCAGUCGAAGGUCCAAGAAAGCUUUUCGUUCUUUUGUUCGCAAUUGCAAAGCAAACUCGGACCCGAAAAUUUCCAGAGAGCAUUCCAAAAGAUGGACGCGUCGUUGCUCAAUUCCUUAUCAAGCUAUCUGUAG